AUGGUUACGCAUUGCUUAGAUUAAAAAGUAAACACAGCAGGGCAUACGAUCAGACGUUGAUUGAUCAGCAGCACAUCGUGAAAGAGACCGGCUUGAUAUUCAAGCCACUGUGCACGACUUCGAGAUAAUGCCUGCGAGACGGGUGGCCAGAAGAGCGGCACCAUCUGCGGCGAAAGCCCGCGGUGAACCCAAAAGACCACUGAAUGCCUACAUGCGGUUUGGGAAGCAAGAACGGCCAGAAAUUGUCAGACAGUAUCCAAACAUCGAAACCAAGGACAUUGUCAAAAAGGUUGCUUCAAAAUGGAGGGGGCUGACUCCUGCGCAGAAACAACCCUUCCAGGCGGCAGCUCUGGCGGAGAUGGCCAAGUACAAGUUGAGGAUGAAGCGCUACAAGGCCGGGCUGACGCCGUCACGCUCACGCGCCAUCGAGGAGCAGAAGCAGCUGAGGAGGGCCAAGAGGGGCGCCAUUAAGAUGAAGAGGGAGCUUCAAAGAAUGGGGAAACCGAAGCGUCCGAGACAGCCCUUCAACCUCUUCAUGGCCGAGAACUAUGGAACCCCAGUGGAUGUGAAGUCGCUGCACAAUAAAUGGAGAAGACUCCCUACCCUGAAGAAAAAGGCGUAUGUGCAGAGGGCUGAGGAUGACAAGGCACGCUACGCGAGGGAGAUGAGCGCCUGGGAGCGGAACAUGAUGGAUAUGGGCAGGCCAGAGCUGGUCAGGAAGAAGUCGGCACCCAAGACCGCCACCAAGCCCGCCGCCAAGGCAGCCCCAGCCCGCACAAGGGUGGCCAAGCCCAAAACCGUCAGGCGCAAGAGGGUCGUGGCCAAAAAGAGGAGGGUAGUCAAGAACGGAGCGAGAAAGACCAGAAGGUAGACAAGGAGGGCACAAUACCAGCCUGGGUGUAUUUUUAAAGAGAGACCAAAAAAUAGAAAUAAAAAUCAGACUGCUUUCUUCACAAGAAGAGAAGUAUA